AUGAGGAGUGCUAAAGUGUUUCUGCCGUUGCUGCUCUGUCUGCACUGGACGUGGGCUUACAGUGAGAAUGAAGGGUUGAAGCAAGAGGUCAGAGCAGCUCAUGAUCAGACCUACAUCAGCGCUGAAAUGUGGGCCGAGCUGAAGGAGCUGAGAGACAUGGCCAUCGAACACAGGACCAAGAUAGAGAAGCUGGAGCAACAGAGUACAUAUAUGCAAUUAAUUCAUGUGAGCUCCAGUGAAAAAGAGGUGGAGGAGCUCAAAGAGAGAAAGCAGGUAAAUCUUCUGACUAGAGUAACAGCAAGCGAAAACAAGAGCACAGUUUUAGAGGCCAGAAUGAGCUCCAGUGAAAAAGAGGUGGAGGAGCUUAAAAGAGAGAAAGCAGACCGUCCAAAGGUGGCGUUCUCCAUUGGUCUUACUGACGCGGGACAAGUUGGACCCUUCAAUACUAAAAUCACACUUAAGUUCAGUAAAGUCUUCACCAAUGUCGGCCAGGCCUACAACCCACACACAGGUAUCUUCACAGCCCCAGUGAGAGGAGCCUACUACUUCAAAUUCAGCGCGUGGGACAACCGCAGUUCCUGGAUGGGAGCUGAACUUUAUCACAAUGACAAGAGAAUGACGUGGAUUUUCCAUCACAAUGACAGAGAAAGCUACUCCUCGGUGUCUAAUGCAUUCGUUCUUCAACUGGAACAGGGAGAUGUGGUCUACAUCGUUCUCAGCACAGGCUACGGCGUUUAUGAUGCUGAAUAUAACCUUAUGAAUUUUAGUGGAUUUCUACUCUUUGCUCUGUGA